AUGAAUGCAUUAGUCAGAAUGCGCGCAAUCAUGUCUAAUGGACCAUUCAUGCUCAAUCUCGACUGUGACCACUACAUCUACAAUUACAUUGCCUUGAGGGAAGACAUGUGCUUCAUGCUUGAUCGUGGUGGCGGCAGAAUCUGCUAUGUUCAGUUCCCUCUGAGGUUUGAAGGUAUCGACCCAAACCAUCGUUAUGCAAACCACAACACUGUCUUCUCUGAUGUUAGUAUGAGAGCUUUGGAUGGACUUCAAGGUCCAAUGUACGUUGGAACUGGCUGCAUAUUCCUUAAUGGUCUUCCAAAUGGUGGGAUGAGAGAAGAGUGUAAUCAAAAACUGAAACUUCUUUUUUUGGGCAUUUCCUUUGUCAACCAUCUCUAUCUUCAUCUUUCUCAUGAACUUCUUCAAAGUCAUUUGCUGAUUUUUCUGCUAGUUAAUAUAUUCUCUAAUCAUUGA